AUGCAGAGUCGAAUUCAACAAUUAUCUUAGCUUCAACCUGAUAAAAGGAUUCUCAAUUAUACAUUUAGUUAAUAAGCUGUAAUAGGACGAGGCUCAUAUGGAAUUGUAUAUGUUGGAAUGAAUAUUGAUACUAAGUAUAUUGAAAUUUAAAUUAAAAGUUAAGUUGUUGCUAUUAAAGUUGUACCUUUGUAAUGUGAUUAAUAAUCUCUAAGAAAAGAAAUCGAUAUAAUGAAAGAUUUGGAUUGUCCAAAUAUAGUAAAAUUAAUAGAUGUAGUUCAAACUCCAAAUAAUUGCUAUAUUAUUAGUGAAUUAUGCACAGGUGGAGAUUUAAGAGAAUACAUGAAGAGAAAUGGAUGUUUAAAUGAAUAAUAAGCUUUACCAAUUUUGAUGCAAAUUUUAAAAGGAAUUUUACAAUCAUUUAAGAGAGGAAUCAUUCAUCGAGAUUUGAAACCUGCAAAUAUUCUAAUUACUUCUGAAAAUAUAUUCAAAAUAGCUGAUUUUGGAUUUGCGAAACGAUUUUAGCAUUUAGAAGGAGAUCUAAUGAAUUCAUUAGCAGGAACUCCAUUGUAUAUGUCACCAUAAGUAUUAUUAAGAAAAUAAUACACUUCAAAAUGUGAUGUAUGGAGUAUAGGGUUAAUUUAUUAUGAAUUAAUAGAAGGUAGAACUCCAUGGAAUGUUAUGGAUAUUCUUGAUUUAAUAAAUAAGCAAAGAAAUACAAAUAUAAAAUUUAGUAUCUAUUAUUGUCUAUGAAUUAUUAUUAGGUAAAAAAAUAUCACCCAUGUCACAAUAGUUUAUUUUAGGAUGUCUACAAUAUGAAGAAUCAAAACGUUUAGGAUGGGAACAAGUAUUUACUCAUCCUUUAUUUGAAAAUAAAUUCCUUAUUAAAGAAUAGGAUUCCAAAUCAUAAAAAUCUCAGUAUUCAACCUCGUAAAUUAAAAAUGAAUCUGAUACUUCUAUCAUCAACACUAAAUUGGUUGCUGUGAAUUCGCCUCCACAAACCAAAUCUCCUCUUUAAAUUUACAAUAAAUAAAAAAUAAACUAAAAAGAACUUUUAUCUAAAGUAGAUUCACCUAAAUAAGAGAUUCGUUAAUUGUUUCAACAUAGCAAAACUAUGAUGAUACCAUAAACACUUAAAAAAGAUCGAACUAUAAGCAUUGGCAAUCAACCAUAAAGUACUAGAAAUAGUGGUAAUAAGAUGUUUACAGAAAAAGGGUUUACUAAGUAAAGAAGUGAGAAUGAUGAACUUUAAAUCUAAAAUAAUAAAUAAAUCAUUCAAAAUUAGAUUGAAUUUAUAUUAUUGUUAAAAUAAAUUAGGAUCUAACUAUUAGAUUUUUAAUAAGUCACUAUUUAAUAGACUACUGUGUAUAAGUUAUAAUUCAUCAUCUUAAAAAAUAUUAUGAUGAAAACAACUUAAUUAAAAAGUUGUUUAGUUGAUGGAAAUGUAAAUAAUUUAGAAUUGAAGGAAUUUGAAAACUUUAAAUAAAGUGAUACAUUUAAAAAUAUAGAAAAAUAAAUUUUAGAACUUCAUUUUGAUAGUUUUAAUAGCUUCUAAGAAUGCUAACUAAGAUUAAAUGAAAACUAUACUCUAAUAAUGAAUGAUAUGGAAUUCAUGGAUAUUUUCAACAAUAACUUUGAAUAUUCAAUAUAGUUUUGCAAUUUGGCCAAACAUUUAAGUUUGUAAUUUAUUAAACGUAAUAAAUUUAUGUUAAUUUAGAAUAUUUGUAUUAAAUAAUUUUGGGAUAUGAAAAUGCUAAGAUUUAGCUCUUUACAUUUUUGUUGUGCAACUAUGCAAAGUUUGUUGGAGAGUACAGUUAAAAUAUUGAACAAUUCUUAAACAGCAGUAAAAUGCAAUUAAGUAGAAACGAAUGCAUAAACUAUAUUGAAAGAAUAUUAUUUAAUUGA